AUGCUUUCAUACGAUAGUGCGGUGCCGAAUGGACAAGAUCAGAGGGCGGCUGCGCCGUUGCCUUCGGCCGCUGCCAAGCCCAUCGCGGCAACCGCUGCUGGCGGCAGCACGACAAAACCUCGCCAGCGGCACCACCUCUGGUUGGUUACUGGCCCUGCAGGAUGCGGCAAGACCACGGUGGCCGGGCAUCUGGCCGAUGCGCUCGACAUUCCCUACAUCGAGGGGGACCAGUAUCACCCCCAGUCCAACAUCGACAAGAUGAGCUCUGGCAUCCCUCUUACCGAUGCCGACAGGUGGGAUUGGCUUAUCGAAUUGCGGAAGCAAGCCAACAGUCGCAUCCACGACGGAGCGGAAGGAGUCGUCGUUGCUUGUUCCGCUCUCAAGUACAAGUACAGAGACGUCAUCCGCGUGGCCGCCUACUGGGACCGUUCACUCACCAUCCACAUCAUUUUCCUCCACGCGUCUGCGGAGCUGCUCUUGAAGCGCGUCACGGCGCGCAAGGGCCAUUACAUGGGCGCCAACAUGGUCAAAAGCCAAAUUGACAUUCUGGAGCGUCCUCUGGAGGAUGAGGUUGACGUCAUUACCAUUGAUGCUAGCCGUGAUGUCGAGGAAGUCAAGGAGGACAUCCUACAGAAGGUGAAGGCAAUGCUGGCUGCCGAGGAGUGA